UUUUUGUUGGACAGCAAACACAAUAUAAAAUGUUUAGUUUAAAUCCUGGAAAGAAGUACAUUGUACAGAUUCACUGCAAACCAGACCACCAUGGAUCAUGGAGUGAAUGGAGCUCAGAAAAGUAUAUUCAGAUCCCUACAGACUUUAGAGUAAAAGAUAUGGUAGUGUGGAUUGUCGUUGGUGUCUUGUCAUCUCUUAUAUGCUUAAUUAUGAGCUGGACAAUGGUUUUGAAAGGGUACAGAAUGAUAGCCUUUAUCCUGCCACCAGUUCCAGGACCGAAGAUAAAAGGCAUAGAUACACAUCUGUUAGAGACAGGAAAAUCUGAAGAAUUAUUGAGUGCUCUUGGUUGCCAUGGUUUCCCUCCUACAUCAGACUGUGAGGAACUACUGAUAGAAUACCUGGAGGUAGAGGACAGUGAGGAACAGCAACUCAUGCCAAGCCAUGACAAUGGUCAUCCCAGUAAAAAUGCAAAAAUGAUACCCAAUGAAACAGACAGUGACUCGGGCCGAGGGAGCUGUGAUAGCCCUUCUCUGCUUUCUGAGAAGUGCAGGGAAACCAGCGCCCUUCCAUCAACACUUCAGACAAAAGACAUAAGAGAUGUUCAAGAAAAUAAAGGAGGAAAAAGGAGCUGGGAAACUCAGUGUAUAGAUUCAGAACAGAAAAUACUGCAUUUUAACAAUGAGAGUACAAAAUCGUCCACAUGGCCUGCGGCUCAGUUACCUAAUAAUCAGCCUCCUAUGUUUGCCUACCACAGUACUGUAGAUGCACAUAAGGUAACACUGAGUACCACAAAUGUCAACAUUGCACCAGUUUUAGUGGGAAAUGAAGAAAAGCAUCAGUCACAGUAUCCUGUCAGUGAAACUGUCCACCACAACAUAGAAAAGCAAAGAGAGAUGGAGAAUUUGUAUUCCAAAACUGACCAAAUCACAGUGCAGGUCAAACAAAACAGACCUAAUGACAAGUCACCUUUUCUGAAUCCUAAACUAAUGGAUUAUGUAGAAGUUCACAAAGUCAGACAAGAUGAGGAGCCAGCAGUAUUACUGAAACAUAAAGAAAACAAUGGAAAGACCGAAAAAUACACUGUUCCAGGAACCAGCAAAGAAUAUACCAAGGUCUCAACAGUUGUGGACCGCAAUAUUAUAGUAUUAAUGCCAGAUUCACGCAUCCAGCACACAUUUCUGUCUCAAGAACCUGCAAUGGAAACGUCUCAGAACCUUCAGCAAGGUCAAGCUGAGAAAAAUAUGAGCUACUGUCUGACAGUUCCAAGCGAGUGCAAAAGAGAGACCAGUGGAUCAGAGUACAUGGACCCAUCUUCCUUUAUGCCCUCCUUUAAAUAACUACUAGUUAGUACAGUACAUACUUAGUAGUU